GUGCUAAAAAAAAUUUUCGCAAACCAGUGCAUAAAAGAAUAUAUAAGUUGGCAUUCACAUUAUGAAUAUUCUAUUCUAGUUUGAGACUUCGUCGUGAAACAUUCUCUUCGAAUUCAUACAUUUCAUACAUUUCUUUGAACAUGAAGUUGAUUGUUCUUUUUGUGGGUCUAUGUGUCUCUGUUGGGGUGUUGUGCAGCGUGCCCGAUCAGGUUGAGGUUGGGUCAGCAAAUCCAAGUUACAGCGGUAGAUUCAAACCGCGACCACCUCAACCAAGUGUUAAUGAAUCGUUUGUGAAGGUAAAUAGACUGAUAAAAAGUUUUUCUGACCGAUUCGACAUUAAAAAGGAAUUGUGCGGCCCUCAACUGAAUCGCCGUAAAAGACAGCUAAAUCCUAAUAAUUCCCACUGCUCCCUACCCGUAACUGUCGGGCAAAACUAUUAUAACGAUAUAGAAAACAUAGCUGCCGAACUACGCAAUGACCCAGACUUCAUAACCGCUUACCUGCCCAUUGAAAGUGGGUACGCAGUUGAUAGUUAUACCACGAUGACAGCUCCAGCCAACCAAAAUCACGCACAACCCAUUGACUUGACCAUCACAAUGCAAGCUACUAUCACGUAUGCUAUGACACAACAUCUGCGAGAGCCUAUUGAUGAUUCGAUUACAGAGCGUAUGGAAGAAAUGGAUUGGUAUCGCGGAGGUAAUAAAAACACCAAUGAUGAACGAGGUCAUCUUUUGGCUAACUCUCUCGGGGGGCCUAGUUUACCAUGGAAUUUCGUUCCACAAAGUCCAUCAGUAAAUCGUGGAUUGGGAAUUAGAGGUGUGACGACAUAUUGUUGGUUUGAACUCGAAGCGGAUAUCCGAAGAAUUCUCCGACAAAAUCCGGACCAUAUCAUCGUUUGGACCAUCCUAGUUAGUUAUGGGGGUUUACCAGCUUCGCGCCGCCCGACACUUUUUUUGAUAUCGGUACGUCAUUUGGAUUCCCAUCGUCGAUUUAUAGACUAUCGCAUGUUUGUGAUUCCCAACAUGCCUUCGGAUGCCUGCACUAAUUCGAAUUCAAUUUUCUAACCCUCUUACCCGCAAGAUCACUUGAAGUCAGCUUUUUGUGCACGAAAAAAUUGUUCUACAUGUAAAAGUUGAAAAAAAAAAUAUAACAUAUCCACUCAUUAACCAUUGCAAAUAGAUAAUAACAUAACAUUUCCGAGUCAAGUAUUUCAAUCAAAGGAUUUAUCUCUAAAUUCAACUCAUCUGAAUUACGUAGUCCCAUUUAGUGACCUUAAUUCUCUAAAGGUCACACAAAGAAUUUGAAUUCUUGACUACGUAAUUUAGAUGUUCACCAAUUAAUUCUUUGAUUGAAAUACUUGACUCGGAAACCGUCAAUAUAAAUAUUAUUUUGAACUGUUCCAACUUUAUAUAACUACUAGAUUUUCAAUAAAAAAUAUUACGAAUUUUGCACAAAGAAAACAGAUAA